CCAAGAAUGAAGUGAAGACACUAGCAAUUAUUUCAUUCAAGUCGCCCUCGGCUUAAUCUCCAACAAUACUUCAUGUAUUCGUUCCAAAGCACUGUGCGGGACUUCGGGGAUCCGCCGCGGGGUGGAAUAUCUUGGCAUGAACUCCACUUCCACCCCACGGCCAAAGUUGCCCCGCAAAACUCUACUCAACAGCUUCCUCACGAGUCCCUCCAUUCCCCAAAUCAACCAACAUUGCGACUAUGAACAUCUGCGAAGCAUGCAAAGAACCUCUCGUUGUCGAGGUUGAUCUCUCCGAUGACGAUGACGAUAUUGAGAUGGGCGGGUCGAGUUCUGCUGCCGCCGCAGCUGGGAAUGGAGGCGUGAAGACGGUGCCGGAUGAUAUUCAUCUCAAUUGCGGAUGCCAUUUCCAUUGGACAUGCCUUCUCGACUCUUACACUCACACCUCCUGUCCAUCCUGCAACCGCGACAUAACAUCCAUAACCUCCGCGAGCCCGCCCCAAAUACAAGUCGUCUGCACCCUCACCAACGAAGGCGGCGUACAGCCGAACCUCGAUAUACUUCCCCUCCUCACGGAAGAGAGCUACCUGAAAGCAUACCCGGAAGAUCGGAAAGCGCGCGCGUUCCUCGAGUUCUGCCGUGAGGGCGACGUCGCAGCUGUCGUGGAACUGCUACAAGCCGGCGACGACGACGAUGACGAGGACUCGGACGAAGAUGACGAUGCGAUGGACGAAACCACAGCGCCUGGCGAGAAGAAGGAAAGACGGCAGAUUGAUCUGCUGAGAUACCAAGAUCCCAUUGAAGAUAUGCAGUCGGCACUGCACGCUGCGGUGGCUGGAGGGAGUAGGGAGGUCGCGUGGGUGUUGCUGUUGCUUGCGUCGCAGCUGCCGUUAUCGGAGUUCCCGGCAUUGGUGUUUCAGGAGGCGUCGAAGUUGGGUGUUAUGCGGAAUGAUGAGGAGGUGGCAGGGAAGACGGAUAUUCGCACACUGAGGGAUUGUGAUGGGAGGAGUGCGGAGGAUUUGGCGAGGGAGAUGGUGAUUUGGAAUGGAUGGGUUGGGAAUGGGAGGUUGGUUAUAUGAAGAUGGAGUAUGGGGAUUAGCUAAAGUUUCCAGACCGUUCCAAGUUGCGGUUGCAGUUGCGGCAAAGAACGGCCACGAGGGUUACUUGAACUUCAAGACUAUGAAUAGUUCAACAGAGCAGCUUGUAAGAUUAACUGUAAUUUAUAAUAUUACAGGGCAACCCGCCUAUAUGUUACAU